ACAGCAACAAAAACAACCUGCUUGUUGCUUUCCUUCAUUUAGUUUUAAGUUUGUAACGCUUUUUCAAUCACAUUAUUAUAUUUUCCAAUAUUUCUUACACUUAAUAUUUUAUUCUAAAACCAUGAGUUCACCAAUCCCUGAUACUCCAUCCGAUAGAGAUGGAGCUCGAUCAAGAAUGACUUCACCGGCACGGGAAUAUGAGAUGUUCGAAGAUGAAAGUGCAAUCCUCGGAGACAAUGCCGCCGAAGAAGAAGAGGAUGGGGAAGAGCUUUUUAACGAUAAUAUGGAAGCCGAUUAUCGGCCUAUGCCAGCAUUAGACCGAUAUGAUAAUGAAGACUUAGAUGAUGAUGACUAUGACCCAAUGUCUGUUGAGGCUCGUGUGGCUGCUGAACAGGAGCUGCGGAGAAGGGAUAGGGAUGAAGGCAGAAUAAGACGUGAUGAUCGUGGAUUGUUUUAUGAUGAAUCUGAUGAAGAAAGUACAGGUGCACCACGUAGUAAGCGUCGUCGUGACGCCGAGAGAGCUGCGACUGGAGACAAGGAGCAAACUGAAGAAGGCAUUGAAAGUAUUGAGAAUCUUGAGGAUACGAAGGGAUAUACUACUAAAGAAUGGGUCUCCAUGUUAGGACCAAGAACAGAGAUUGCUAAUAGGUUUAAAAAUUUCCUCCGAACGUAUGCUAAUAACAAGGGCCAAUUUGUUUACAAAGAUCGCAUACGACGUAUGUGUGAACACAAUCAAGCGUCAUUUCACGUCGAGUUCGACGUUCUCGCACGUAAAGAACAAGUCCUUGCUUUCUUUUUACCAGACGCACCGUUCCAAAUGCUUCAGAUCUUCGAUGAAGUUGCCAAAGAGAUUGUCUUACAAAUCUUUCCGAGUUAUGAAAGAGUCACGUCAGAAAUCCAUGUUCGUAUAUCUGAUUUGCCGCUUAUUGAAGAGUUGAGAACAUUCCGGAAGCUUCAUUUGAAUCAGUUAGUGAGGACUGUGGGUGUGAUUACAGCGACAACUGGUGUUCUACCGCAGUUAUCAGUUGUGAAAUAUGAUUGUAAUAGAUGUGGUUAUAUACUUGGGCCGUUCGUACAAUCACAGAAUUCUGAAGUUAAGCCAGGAUCUUGUCCGGAGUGUCAGAGUGCUGGGCCAUUUAUGGUUAACAUGGAGCAAACAGUAUACCGUAAUUACCAGAAAGUUACUAUCCAGGAGUCUCCGGGUCGUAUCCCGGCAGGUCGUAUACCUCGCAGCAAGGACUGUAUCCUGUUAGCUGAUCUAUGUGACAGAUGUAAACCUGGAGAUGAAGUGGAUUUAACUGGGAUAUAUACAAACAAUUAUGAUGGAUCACUUAAUACUGAACAGGGAUUUCCAGUAUUUGCUACAGUGAUUAUAGCAAAUUACAUAGUAGUUAAAGAUUGUAAACAUAUUGUGGAAUCGUUGACAGACGAGGAUGUUGCCAGCAUCAUAAAGUUGUCCAAAGAGGCUAACAUUGGAGAGAGAAUUGUACAGAGCAUUGCUCCAUCCAUUUAUGGACAUGAUUUUAUAAAAAGAGGAUUAGCGUUAGCACUGUUUGGUGGAGAACCUAAAAAUCCAGGUGAAAAGCAUAAAAUUCGAGGAGACAUCAAUGUUCUAAUUUGUGGCGAUCCAGGUACCGCCAAGUCGCAGUUCCUCAAAUAUACUGAAAAAAUUGCACCCCGUGCCAUAUUUACAACGGGUCAAGGAGCCAGUGCAGUCGGUCUAACUGCUUACGUUAGAAAGAAUCCAACAACAAGAGAUUGGACUUUAGAAGCCGGGGCACUAGUGUUAGCAGACCGCGGUGUUUGUCUGAUUGAUGAGUUUGACAAGAUGAAUGAGCAAGACCGUACAUCCAUACAUGAGGCCAUGGAGCAACAGUCCAUUUCUAUAUCUAAAGCGGGGAUCGUCACAUCGCUACAUGCCAGAUGUUCAAUAAUAGCAGCCGCGAAUCCAAUCGGUGGUCGCUACGAUCCUUCACUAACAUUCUCCGAGAAUGUGAACCUGUCGGAGCCAAUACUUUCACGUUUCGACGUACUCUGUGUUGUCAGAGACGAGGCAGACCCAAUGCAGGAUACACAUCUAGCUAAAUUUGUCGUAAGUUCUCAUAUGAGACAUCACCCGACUAAACGUGGAGCAACACUGGAAGACAAUACUAUGGAUGACAUAGGUAUACCGCAGGACCUGUUGAAGAAAUAUAUUGUGUAUUCUAAGGAAAAUGUACAUCCUAAGCUACAGAACAUGGAUCAAGAUAAAGUGGCCAAGAUGUACAGUCAGUUGCGACAGGAGUCACUUGCUACUGGCAGCUUGCCUAUCACUGUCAGACAUAUUGAAUCAGUGAUCCGUAUGAGCGAAGCACACGCACGAAUGCAUCUCCGUCCGCAAGUGAACGAGGAGGAUGUUAACAUGGCCAUACGUACUAUGCUGGAAAGCUUCGUCGAUACACAGAAAUACAGCGUAAUGCGAGCUAUGAGACAAACAUUCCAGAAAUAUCUAUCAUAUAAGAAGGAUCACAGUGAACUGUUAUAUUACAUCCUACGUCAACUAACUAUGGACCAGUUGGCUUAUAUGAGAGGCUUGCAUAAUCACUCGCAAUCCACUAUAGAGAUAUCUGAACGAGAUCUGACAGAGAGAGCGAGACAAAUCAACAUCACAGACCUGAAACCUUUCUACGAAAGUAGGAUAUUCAAAAUCAACAACUUCAGUUAUGACCAGAAAAGGAAAGUAAUCAUUCAUAUUUUGCCAGAAGCGCCGAGUGCGUCGUAACAAACUAAAUAUUCACAU